AUGUCUUUUUCUCUUGAAGAACAAAUUGAAUCUCUCAAAAAAAGUUGUUCAAAGGUGAAUGAUUUAAUGAAAAGUCUUUCAAAAUCAAUUUAUAAUUUCAAGAUAGUCGACCAAUCAUUCAUUGACACCAAAAAAGGAUGGAAUGAAGAUGAUAAGUGGAUAGAAACAAUGUUUGAUCGAGCAGAGGAACUUUUUCUUAAACGCCAGGUUAUAGUUAGUAAUGUGCUUGAAUUAAUGAAUGUUAUCAAAUUCAUUCAGGGAGGUUUAAAACAGGUGUAUGACUCAACACAAAUAAGCCAAGAAACGGAAAGAUGGUACAAUUACCUUAUCUACAGAAUUGAGAAAAUGGAAAUAACCAAAUAUGAAAAUAUAGUUGCUAAAAUUGACAAAGAACGACAAGAUGAAAUUAGUAAAAUGAGAAAUAAACAUAGAAAUGAAGAAAUAAACAUAGAAAACAAUCCAAAGGAACUUGAAGAAAAAAAGAAACAAAUCACAUAUGAAGAAAAAGAAGUAGAAGGAGAAAAAGAAACUGAUAUAGAAGACAUAGAAAAACAAAUAGAAUCAAUCAAUAUUAAAUAUCAAAACAUAAUUGAUUCUGCUACAAAAAUAAACAAAAGAAAUAUUCAAGAAAUAAUAAGUAAAAAGAGAGGAAAUAAAAUGACGCGUUUUGCCAAUGAACGUAUUAAACCAUUUAAAAAUAUUUUAUGUGAAUGGAGUCAGAAAAAAGAUAUUCAACUUAUAUAUGAUUCAUUAACAGAAGAAAUUGUUCUAAAUAAAGUGUCUAAACUUGAACAAUUGGUUAUUGGUAAAAAGGAUUUAUUCUUUAUAAUUUUUGAUGGCAAUGAAAAUAUCUUUGGUGGAUAUAUUGAUAAGACUAUUGAUAAACUUGAUUAUUGUAUUCAUAGUGACACGAUGUUUGUAUUUGUAUUAGAAUCAAAUGGUAGGUUUAGUGAUCCAACCAGAUUUAAAUGUAAUGGCAACCAAAAAUUUGUUAUGUUUAGUUGUAAGAAUGAAUGGCUUUUUACUUUUGGAUAUAGUGUUCAUUGGCCAGAGAAGUCUGAUAUUGCUGUUAUGAAAAGUGGUACCAAAAAACAGAGUUACUGUGGGGCAAAUGGGUUUGAGUAUUGUGAAGCUAAAAAUGCGUUGUGUGGAAAUUACAAUUUUGUUGUAGAACAGAUGUUAGUGUUUGAAGCAAUAAGUGAAUAA